CCACAAGUUCUAUCUUGAAGAUCUUGUCAAAUAAAAAAGCUCUAUCUUAAGAUCAUAUCACAUUUAAAAUCCCAAUUCCCUUCUUCAACUCCAAACCGUGUACUGCUUCACACCCAAAUGGAGAUGACCCUUUAUUCCUCUUCAUCAUUCUCUCUUCCUUCUGCACCUUCCAAUCCAUCCCUUUCCCUUUUCACUUCCUCUUUCCGCUUCUCGUCUUUCAAAACCUCACCUUUCUCCAAAUGUCGCAUCAGGGCUUCCCUUGCCGUUGAGCAACAAACCCAGCAGAAUAAGACCGCUCUUAUCAGAAUUGGUACCAGAGGGAGUCCACUAGCUCUGGCGCAAGCGCAUGAGACAAGAGACAAACUCAUGGCAUCGCAUACAGAGUUAGCUGAAGAAGGAGCUAUUCAAAUUGUAAUAAUUAAAACGACCGGUGACAAAAUAUUAUCGCAACCGCUCGCAGACAUAGGUGGGAAGGGAUUGUUCACAAAAGAGAUAGAUGAAGCACUCAUAAAUGGGGACAUUGACAUUGCUGUUCAUUCAAUGAAAGAUGUUCCUACAUACUUACCAGAGGAAACUAUUUUACCGUGUAACCUUCCACGAGAGGAUGUUAGAGAUGCAUUUAUAUCAUUGAGUGCGGCUUCACUAGCUGAUCUACCGGCUGGAAGUGUUAUUGGUACUGCUUCACUUAGACGAAAGUCACAAAUCCUUCACAGAUAUCCAUCUCUAACUGUGCAAGAUAAUUUCCGUGGCAAUGUCCAAACAAGGCUUAGAAAACUCAGUGAAGGGGUUGUCAAAGCUACCUUGUUGGCUUUGGCUGGACUGAAACGAUUAAAUAUGACAGAAAAUGUAACUUCAACCCUAUCAAUUGAUGAUAUGCUUCCCGCUGUUGCCCAAGGUGCAAUUGGAAUAGCCUGUAGAAGUAAUGAUGAUAAAAUGGCAGAAUAUCUUGCUUCGCUGAAUCAUGAAGAAACAAGACUAGCAAUUUCCUGCGAAAGAGCCUUCCUUACAACUUUGGACGGGUCUUGCCGAACGCCUAUCGCAGGGUAUGCUAGCAGAGACAAGGAUGGUAAUUGCUUGUUUAGAGGAUUAGUUGCUUCCCCUGAUGGAACCCGUGUCCUUGAAACUUCCAGAAUUGGUUCUUAUACUUAUGAAGAUAUGAUGAAGAUAGGUAAAGAUGCCGGUGAGGAGCUUCUUUCUCGAGCUGGACCUGGCUUUUUUAAUAGUUAACAUCUUAAAUUAUAAAGUUUCAACACUCAAUCGGUAACGCAUGUAUGGUAGGUUGUAUUAUCAGAGCUUUUUUAAAGUGGCUGCACCCGAAGUUUGUUUAUUCUUUUUCAACUGAACUCCUUAUUAGGAUCAAAUUGUUGUAUUUUAUUAGGUGAUUGGAAAGCCAAAUUUUUGUAAUAUUUUUGUUCCUGCAAUAGUGAAGUUUUAGAAUUUGUCCUUCCCACGGAAGUUUCAAUGGGUGAUUCUUGACUCUGGUUCAGGAAAGCAACAAUUAAAAUA